AUGUCGCUCCAACUGUUUGACGUGCCCGAUGUGGAUUAUCGGUACGAAGCCUCUCGGGAGGUGGAGUUUCAACCCGCCUUGACGGGCAUACAACCCAUCACCUUCUUCAUUCCAGGCUCAGACGAUUAUUACGAUCCCAAUUCCCUCCGAUUCAAAGUCAAAGUGCGCCUGACGGAUCCAGCGACUGGGUAUGCAGGAUUGAAAGCCAAUUUGCCCAACUCCGAUGCCAACAAUACCAGAAACAUCUACUGCGUCAACAAUUUCGGUCACUCCAUCUUUCGAGAUAUCACCCUGAGCAUGAAUGGGGUCCUCAUGACUGAACAGAGCAAUACCUACCAUUACAGAGCCUACCUAGAAACCCUCCUGAAUUACAGCCGAGAAGAAGGAGCCACCAAGUUAGCCCCGCAAGGUUGGGUCAAUCAGCUCAAUGUGAUUGAAGAAAUGGGAGCCAAUUCUGGUGUGCCCGUUACUGCUGACUGGAGUGGCAAUGCAGAAUUGCGUGCCCUGACCAGCCGGUUGCCGAGCAAGAAUUGGCACACCUUCAUCAUUCGUCCCCAUUUGCCACCCCUAAAGACAGGCAAAUUGUUGGUCCCCAAUGUCCAGAUGGACUUUGAAUUAUUCCUCAACCCAAACUCUGUCUACUUGAUGGCCACCCCUAACAAAGGGACCUUGACUGACAAGAAAUUUCCAGGCACCCACAGUGAAGACAUCACAGUCACCUUGCUGAUGAGAAAAGUGACCCUGAAUGCCAGCGUCUAUGUCAGACUCCAGAAAGAAAGACAACUGGCCGGGCAAACAGAUUGCCCGCUACCCUGUCGUGCGGAGCGAAAUCCGCACGUUUUCCUUCGAUGGACGAACCACCCAGUGGGAACAAGACGAUGUGUUUGUGGGUCGAUUUCCUGACAGAGUGAUUGUCGGGUUAUUGCAUUCCAAUGCCUUCAACGGAGACCUACAAAGAUACCCCUUCGCCUUUGAAAAGUUUGGCGUCACCCAAAUACGACAGACCUUGAAUGGAGAAGAAUACCCUUACAGAACCCUGCAACUGACUGGAGGAGAAGCCUAUGAAGAUCUACUGGGGUACGAUCGAUUUCUACAAGCCACGGGGACCUAUGAUGAACACAAGAUUCCCAUGCUGCUGCCUGGUGAUUGGGGACAAGGCAAGAACUGCACGGUUUUCAUGUUCAACAAUGUGCCCAGUGGGAAAGCAGAUGACCCCCAGUAUCGCAACCCCCGUCAAUCGGGCAACGUGCGACUGAUCAUUGAUUUUGCUGCCGCGGUCAAUCACAACAUCACCGUGUGGGUAUGGAGCGAGUAUGAAAACAUGUAUGAGAUCAAUCAUCUGGGAGGUAUAAAGUACAACAUCAACGGCUGA